GACUUUGUACAAUUGACAUAGCACUUACACUUUAUUCCUAGCUACUCCACAAAGCAAUCAUGUAAAGUAGGUAUUAUUGUUCCCAUUUUUCAGAUGUGAAAACUGAGACCCAGCAGUUAAAUGACUUGUUCAUUGGUCUCUAGCCAUACAGCAAGCCUGAGCCUUCAGACUCCAAAAGCAGAGUCUGGAAGAGUGGAAGGGAAAGGACCAGGGGAAAAAAUGAGAAAGAAAGAAAGGGAAAGACAGGAGUAUGAAGAUCAAAGAGAUGAAAGCUAAAGCAAGGCUUAGAGUGACAGGCUGGAAUAGAUGGGAUACAACGUUGUUAGGAAGGUUUGUUCAGGGCCAAAGAGAAGCAACGCAGAGGCCCUGCAAGGUUUGGAGGGAAGAAAAAGAAAUGGGGGAUUUUGUAUUGGAAGACAUGGAUCUUGCUGCCAACGAGCUCAGCAUUUAUGACAAACUUUCAGAGACUGUGGAUUUGGUGAGACAGACAGGCCAUCAAUGUGGCAUGUCUGAGAAGGCAAUUGAAAAAUUUAUCAGACAGCUGCUGGAAAAGAAUGAACCUCAGAGGGGGCCACCCCCAUAUCCUCUCCUCAUAGCCAUGUAUAAGGUCCUUGUAACCCUGGGAUUAAUCUUGCUCACUGCCUACUUUGUGAUUCAACCUUUCAGCCCAUUACCGCCUGAACCGGUGCUUUCUGGAGCUCACACCUGGCGCUCACUUAUCCAUCACAUCCGGCUGAUGUCCUUGCCCAUUACCAAGAAGUAUAUGCCAGAAAAUAAGGGCGUUCCUCUGCAUGGGGAUGAUGAAGACAGACCCUUUCCAGACUUUGACCCUUGGUGGACAAGCAGUUGUGAGCAGAAUGAGUCGGACUCCAUCCCUGCCAACUGCACCGGCUGUGCCCAGAAAUUACCCCUCAAGGUGAUGCUCCUGGAAGAUACUCCGGAGAACUUUGAGACACUCCAUCCUCUGGUGAUCAAGACGGGCCAGCUCUUAUUCCCAGAGGAGCUCCAGCACUUUCUGUGCCAGUACCCCGAGGUGGCGGAGGGCUUCACCGAAGGGCUUUUCUCCAAGUGGUGGCACUGCCUUCCCGAGCGGUGGUUCCCAUUUCCUUACCCGUGGAGAAGACCUCUAAACAGAUCCCGCAUUUUACACGAGCUCUUUCCGGUUUUCACCUACCUGCCAUUUCCAAACGAAGCCUCCUUAAGAAAGUGCUUCCUUCUUCAGCCGGAACCUAUUGUGGGUAGUAAGAUGCACAGAAUGCAUGACCUAUUUAUCAUCGGCAGCGGCGAGGCCAUGUUACAGCUCAUCCCUCCCUUCCAGUGCCAAAGACACUGCCAGUCCGUGGCAAUGCCACUAGAGCCAGGGGAUGUUGGCUAUGCUGGUGCCAUCCACUGGAAGGUCUAUGUUACAGCCAGAGGGGUCCAGCCUUUGGUCAUCUGUGACGGGACCACCCUCUCAGAACUCUAGGGAGAUGAGAACUGACCAGACGAAACAACUUCGAGGUCUGAAGGAAGACCAGAUUGAAAGGGGAGAAAUAAAAACAGAAACGAUGAAACCACUUUCCAAGGUUCCUUAGUUCCCUGCCCUGUGCAUGCGUGUAUGAGCCUGCUGUACGCUGGAGGCUGCGGCCGGAGCCUGGCCCUCCCGACGCCUCCACAUACCCGCGUGGCCAGGAUUUUGCCAGUACCUGUCUGUGAGACUGGCCUCUUCCACACCUUCUGGAACCGCAGCCUCAAGGCCGCCCCUCAUGCAGGAAACAGAGCUGACGCCUUCCCUUACUUGCAUGGCAUGGUCCCCUCUGCUGGCCCCCGGGCCACAGAGGGUGGCCAGCAGGCCCUGACUUCAGGGCCAUCCCUCACCAGGUGGGCGCGCUUGGCCUGUCUCCCCGACUGCACCACCCAACACUUUUAUGGAAAGCCAUGGCCGAUUAAAGAAGUUGUUGCAGUUUCCCAAGUGGAGUGGCGUCUAGAACCAAGAUUAAGUAAUCUCAUCGUACUCAAGAAGUGCCCUGCCUUCCCGGUGUCCCCAGCCCUUGGAGUCUCACUAACACCAGGCUGGAGUCUGAUUAUAAUUGAAAUGCAAAUUCCUGAGGUCAGAUUUUCCUCCCCGCCACCUCCCUUCCCUUCCCGCUAGCCUCUCUAGCUGGUUUCUCAGAAGCCAGACUGCCAGUCCCCCUCCCUUGGCGAAGCCCUUUAUUGCUGAGGCAGCACCGCUUCUGUCGGGGCCGAGUCUGGGUUACUUUAACAAGUGUCUUCAGAGGGGACGAGUUAGAGCACUGGCCUGGGGAGAGGGCGCCUCCCCAGGUUUGAUCUUUAGGGCCCAGCUUUCCUCUGGGAAGAUGUUUUACAGAUGUGUCAAGCUGAUGUUGUAAUGUGGCUGGGGAAGGAGCCGCAGACCCCACGUGUUCGCCAGCUGGGCGUGCGACUGUGGCCUCCUCUGUCUUCAAGUGGUUUCUCUCUUUGUACUGGGAGACAAGGUGAGGUGUUUUUAUUGUUUGUAACGAUAUAAAGCUUUGUCUUUUCAGGUGGGUGAUUCGCUGCGCUUUUAGUGUGUAUUAACCAAACGGUACAGAUGAGGACAUACUUUUCUUCCCUUCUGCCCCCCCCCUCCCCCCGCGUUUAUUCUUUUAUUGAUGCUGCUAGAUACCUGAGCUCCGGUCCUGUACCAUCACCCAGCUCAAGAAAAAUCCACGCUGUGGCCCCUGGUUGUGAAGUGCAGAAAUCAGUUGAAUCCAGGUGUCCAUGGCCGAGUUAAUGGACCAGAGGCAGACCGUGGAGAGGGCAGAAUGUGUGACUCCUCGCAGGGUCCCCUGCAUCCUUGCGGGUACCUCGUCCUGCACCUCGCCCUUGGGCCCUCUCCCAGCACCUCUCAUGAGGAGCCGUGGGGACCAUUCGGGUGCCAAGGGGUCGGUUUGUGGGCUUGUAAAGGAGGCAAAUGGUUCACAGAGCUCAGGGUGGAAGCACUCCACCUCCACAGACGUGAAUGAAACGAGGAUAAAUGGUACCUGAGGGAGUUUCUUCUUAAACAAGUCCGCGCCUUGUGUGGGUUAAUGCAGGAAAAACAAAAUUUUUUUGUACAUAUUAAAGUCAUGCUGCUAAGCCGUUA